UUGGUCAAGCAGCACGCGGAGGCCCGCGAGGAUGCCGACUCCCUGAGGCGCACCCUUCGGCAGCUCCUGGGCGGCUUCGAGGAUCUCAUCGGGGACGCGGAGCUGGCGGACCGCGUGGUGGCGCUGAUUCCUGCCUUGCGCGCACUCCUGAAGGGCGAGACGCCCUCGCCCGAGGACGUGCUCAGGCGCAACGUCGCGCUGCACGCCGACGCCGAGGGCGAGAGCGUGGCAGAGGCGCGGCCCGCGCGCCUUCGGCAGAUGCAGAGGAGUGCGCGUCUCGAAGCUCGUCUGCAGGGCGUCGGUGGCGCGGAGGCUGCCCCGUUCUGGCCGCGGCACCCCCCGGGAGUCUGGGAGCAGCUGGACGGCGCCGGCUGGGAGAGCAGGACUGCGAGCGGUGCUGCACGCGCGGAGGCGCGGCCGCCGCGGGCGCGGGACGCCUCCCUCACGGUCCAGCGCGUUGGGCCUUGGGAGCCGCUGCCCCCCGUGUGCAUCCGCUGCACGUGUGGCGCCGUGGUCUUCGCCUCGGCUGGUCUUCACGCGCGUGCUGACGCUGCGGCUGGUGCUGGAGAGCCUCUGCCGACAGGCUCCGCGGGCUCGGGUGGUGGUCACGUUGAGGCCGUCUCCAGCCCCGUGGGCAGCGCGGCCGACUCGGCCGAGUUCGACUACCAGGAGGUGGGCGCUGCCGACGCUGAAGUGGAUACGACCUGCUCGGUGUCGGAGGCGGCGCCACAGGCCAGCACUGCGGUUCUGGCGUACCUGCACGCUCACCCUACGGCGCUCCUCUCGGGAGGCGGCGGGGCCCUCGCGGCUCCUGUGGCUGGCGGUACUGGUCCUGGCGCUGGUUUCGAGGGCAGCCGCGUCCGCAGGGAGCGAGGUGCAAGCACGGGGCGGCGCGCCCGCCGCGUCCGCUUCGACCUGCGCCCCGUCGUCAUCGGCACGGCCUUCGAGGAGGAGUCGGAGGAGGCCCCCCCGCGCGGAGGCGGGGCUGGCGGCGUGGACGAGCACGUCCGCGGUCUCUGGGCCUUUUUGGACGACCUAUCGGUAGCAUCGAUCGCCUGUGCUGCUCACGGGCCCUCGCUCGCGCUCGAGAGGCUCCUCGUCCUUGCCGAGGCCCAGGUGCAGGACG